AUGCCCAACAAGUUCACCAUUGUCAUCAACAACAACACGGGUAGCCCCCAGAACUACAAUCUCUUCAGUGAGAAGCCCGAAAUCACGGGCGUAGUAAAGUCAUCUAUCUGGACCAACAUCUACCAAGUCGCUCAAUCCACUCCCGAUGGAGCCACGGCCGAGUUCGAGAUGUGGAAGAACUACUUCGCCAUUGUUGGUACAUGGAAAGGAGGCGAAAAAGCCGGCGCCAAGGUGUCCAUCAAGCAGACCAAGGCCGUGACCCUUGGAACCAAACAGGGUGAUGGUACCGUCACUCCUGGAACGACCCUGAACCAUACAUGGGCAAAAUUGUACAACUGUAGUAUGACCUCAAACUACACAACAAAUGUUGUAUGA